UGAGAUCCAGGCAGGGGGGGAGCAGGAUCCACUCAGAGUCUAACGUCGCCUCCACAUGGUUUUUCUGUCAUCCCCGAACAUGUGGUCCUUUUGAAAUAUGCUCAGAUUGAGACACUUUGAUGGAGUUUGUUUGUACUGCCUCUAAAGGAACAGGAGAUGGAGGCUGUUGGCGAUCGUCUGGGGAAUGUGAGACAUGAAUCCUGAAUUUGAGGUCGACUGAGAGGAGCAGGCGUUGAGGACGCCAUGGCCGUGCUGACGGUGUUCUGCAGCCUGAUUGGCUGGCUGUGUCUCUACCUGUUGUUCCGCUGCAGCUUCGCCCGGCGGGGGCCCGAGUGGAGCUGUCGUCUGGUCACUCUGUCCCACGGGGUCGUCAUCGUGCUGCUGACGGCCUACGUGGCCUUCAUCGAUGGACCCUGGCCCUUCACACACGCAGGUACGGAGAACACCGAGCUCCAGAUCUUCGCCCUGUCCGUCUGCCUCGGCUACUUCUUCUUCGACAUCGGCUGGUGCGUGUUCUACGGCACCGAGGGCCCCCUCAUGCUGGCCCACCACGCCGCCAGCAUCCUGGGCAUCCUGCUGGCCCUGCUCUUGGGGGUGUCGGCCUGCGAAACCUGCGCCGUGGUCCUGGGCAGCGAGGUCACCAACCCCCUGCUGCAGAGCCGCUGGUUCCUCCGGCGGCUGGGCCUGUACGACAGCCUGCUGGGCGACGCCGUGGACCUGCUGUUCAUUCUGCUGUUCUCCACCGUGCGCGUGGGGGUCGGCACGUGGAUGUUUUACUGUGAGUUCACGUCCCCCAGGACCUUGCUGGUGAUGAAGCUGGGAGGCGUGGUCAUGUACGGUCUGGCCUGGGUGUUCAUGGUGGACAUCGGCAGAUUUGCCUUCAAGAAAAGUAGAUCCAAGUAUAAAAGGUGGAAAGAGAAUCACAAGCUCAAAGAAAUCAACACAGAGAAAGUGGAAGGAUACGAGCGACUGAAGGAAUGAAGAUGUAUCUGAUACACAAACCUCUACAGCUUUAAAGGUGCUAAAUACUUAACAAUCAGCAUUUAAAAUGAACCAUAAACUGGACUUUACCGUCUAUAAACUAUAAAAACUUCAAUACAGUUACACUGAACAUGAUUUUGUGGUCAGGGUUUUCAAAAUCACUGCGAAUGAACAGGCUGCUUCUGGAUUUCCAAAAGUCUCGUCAUUCCCACAUCACUACAGAUAUGAGUUUUGACAGAAGAAAGUUAUUUCUUUAGAAGUGAUUUAAUUAUGACUUCCAUAGAAAAACUAAAUAUACCCAAAUAUUAGAUCAUACUCUAUCAGACUUUUCUUUUCCUCCAAAGCUACAUAUUUUGAUGGAAUUGCUAAAUUGAAUCUUUUUCACAUCCCAGUCUGAAGUGUACAUGCAAUAACACCAAGGUCCAACAUUUAUCUGUCAUCUGUAGUUCACAUUUCUCAUAUGUAACUUAACGGUUGGUGCUAUAGUUUAUUUCUUAUUAUUAUAAAUUAAUGUGUUUUUGUGGCGUGUGUGUUGCAUCAUAUGUGCUGCAGCAGGAGUUUCUGAAGGAUUUGAGAAAGUGUAGCUGUUGUGUUGAAUUAGUGACUCUAAAUUUACUAAUGCACACUUGUGACUAUUUUUCUACAACUGUAAAUUCCAUCGUCCCAGGAGCUGAGUGGUAUUGCAACAAAGAACCGUCAUAAAACUCACAAAGAAAACGUGUAAACUAAUAUGAUAUAAACAUUUAUAAAACAAAUAAAUGCUGCGUGGAGACUUCCCCACCCCCCGUUUUAAGUAGUUUGUGUUUGU